GGAAGAUUGCUUGGGUCUCAAUGACAAUCUCCAGGCUGGUUAUGCGCUUAAAAUUUCCAACUUCAGCUCUCUUUUAACGGAUGCAGGAAAAGCUGUGAUUUGGAGUUCACAACGGACAGGAAAAACCCAACAACCCAAGCAUUGCUUAGAUUGUGGUUUAAAGCGACACACACAUCACAUGAAUAAUUCCAUCAUCGAUGAAGACUUGGGUGAUGACUUGGCCACCCAAUUGGUCAUUCAGCAGAGUUUACAGGAUAUUUGCAAGCCUGAGACCAUACAACAUGCAGAGGAGAAGGAGAGCCUCCAUUCUUUUUUGAGCCCAGAAUAUAAGAAGAUUAUUGAAGCAAUCAAGGCAGUGAGCUUGUCCUCCACAGGGGAGGAAGAUGCUCUAUCAAAACUGUCUGUGCACGUUUCAGCAUUUGAGGAGACAGAUCAGACAGGCCGGCUGCCCUUACACCAUGCAGCAACCCAAUUAAACAAACACAUCCUGGAACUCACUCUGAAAGGUUCACAGCCCAGACUGUGGGAGCAAACUACUGGGAAAGGCGAGACACCGCUCUUCUUGGCGGUAGACAAAUGCCUUGUAGAAAAUGCCAACUUCCUUCUUCUCAACGACUGUGACCCCAACACUCAGAACGAAGAGGGCCAUUCUCCUCUGCUUAUGGCUGUCAAACACCACUCCUAUGACAUGGCUUCCUUGCUGAUCACCUUUGGAGCCAAAGUCAAUCUGCAGUGUGCCAACAAGAGGACCGCAUUGCACGAGGCCGCGCGGCUGGGCAGGAAGGACCUGGUGGACCUCAUGCUGCGUUCGGGGGCUGAGCCUGACCCUCAGAGCACCUACGGAUUCACCCCGCUUGCUCUCGCUGCCCAAGGCGGGCACACGGAAGUCAUGGAACUCUUGCUACAAAAGGGGGCUAAUGUUCUCUCACAGGCUUCAGAUGCUUCAUCCAUUUUGCUUGAGGCUGCAGCUGGAGGAAAUCCCGACUCUUUGACUCUCUUGCUGGAAUAUGGAGCAGAUGCCAAUGUCCCCAAGACUUCAGGCCACUUGCCUAUUCACGUAGCUGCGGAUCGUGGCCAUUUACUAGCAUUAAAGAUUUUGGUCCCUGUGACUGAUUUGGCUGCCAUUAAGAGAAGUGGGAUCAGCCCUCUUCAUUGUGCAGCUGCUGGAGCACACCCACAAUGCCUUGAGUUUCUCCUCCGAGUUGGGUUUGAUGCUAAUUUCAUGCUUGAUCAGAAAAUUCGAAAACACUAUGAUGACCAAAGAAAGUCAGUCCUGUAUUUUGCCGUGUCAAAUGGUGAUAUCUCCUCAGUUAAACUUCUUUUGAAUGCUGGGGCGCUGCCCAAUCAAGACCCGGUCAACUGUCUCCAGAUAGCCCUCAGAAUGGGGAACUAUGGCCUGGUCAGCCUGCUGCUCCGGCACGGAGCCAAUGUCAAUUAUGUCUGUAGGGUGAAUCCUUUGCAUUUCCCAUCAGCUCUGCAGUACACACUCAAAGACGAGGUCAUGUUAAGGCUGCUGCUGAACUAUGGGUAUGACACAGAGAGCUGCUUUGAUUGUCCUCAUGGAGACAAAGCUCAUUCUCGCUACACUUUUGAAGGCUGGACCUCAACUGUCAUCCGAGAUACACUGUUCUGUGAGGUGAUCACUCUUCCUUGGCUGCAACACCUCUCGGGGAAGGUCAUUCAGGUGAUGCUUGACUAUGUUGACAGAGUUCAGAUAUGCUCCAAGCUAAGAACAGUACUCCAACAACAGGCAUCGUGGUCAGAAAUCAAUUCGGUCCUGACAAACCCUCGUUCCCUAAAACAUCUUUGUCGUCUGAAGAUUCGAAAAUGCAUGGGACGCUUACGUCUACGCUGCCCUGUCUUCAUGUCAUUUCUUCCACUACCCAAUCGACUGAAAGAAUAUGUCCUUUUCAGAGAGUAUGACCUUUAUGGACAAGGACGUUUAACAGGGAGUUGGUAACUGAAAUACUUCAGAGCAGAAGAUAGUUUUGGAGCGAGUUCCCUUAAAAACAGGAAACUAUUUAGCCUCUCUCCUGGUUCUACAGAGCAUCUAUAUGGACAUUAACUCUCCCCCUUGCCCAAGCUAUUGGGAACCCCACCUGUCUAUCCAUCUACACGCCUAGCUGAUGGUUGGUAUAAACAAACGGAUCAAUGAUUUGUCAGCUUGAGGAGCUCGUGUGUGAACUCCCUCCACUAACUGAUUUAAACCAGUUUAAUAGAUAGGCCCCAGGGAAUUUCAGAAUCACAUGGAGGUUGGGACUUGCCCAGUGUCACACAUGUAUUAAGGACCGGAGGGUGGAUUUGAGGGUGUUCUCUGAACUCUAAGCCCCACUCUCUGAUGCUCACUCUAUUACCACAUUCCUUCUCUGGUAGACAUGAAGUUUUAGGAAUAAAAACAUUACCAUGAAAUCUCAAUUAACUGGAAUGGUCCCAUUAUCUGGCUAAUGAUGUUUUCAACUCAUUAGAAAUCUUUCCAAAACUAUCCACUGACUUUUGCACUUAAGUAAAGAAAGUAUUCUCAAAAAAGUGGAGUCUUUAAUGACUGAUCUUGUAAUUGUUUUAUUUUUAGCAAGUUCUUAUUGUAUCGUGUUGGCAGAUGAAGAAUGUGUUGGGAUGGAGUCAGGUGACCUGCCUCUAAACUGCUGUGGACAAAUCAUUCCCUAGUCCUCAGUUUCUUUGUCUGUUUGUUAAACAAG